CCUGCUGACACGGAGAACGAAAUGGAUGACCUCCACGUUGUUAUGGAACUUAUAGAAUCUGAGAGCGAAGACGAGGAACUCGACGCAGUGUUGUGCCAAGUCGGUGCUGAACUUGUCCGUAGCGAUCGCAAUCGUAUUCCAAGAUACUACGAGGAAGUUGUGGCCAGGUAUUUUGAUUACGAGUUCAAGCGCCUUUUCCGGCUCUCCAGAGACACAUUUAAAACCCUUGCGGAGCGUUUCAAGUCGUCUGCCUUUUUCCCAACGCCUCGGGGAGGUCGCCCACAAAUGCCCGCGGAGAAAACAUGCCUGAGUUAUUUGGGUACUCAGAACAGUAUGUAUAGAAUUGCUGAUACCUUUGAUGUGUCUGAGUCAUCAGUGUCUCUGUACCUGAAAAUGGUUCUGGACUUCUUAUUCAAUAUCAGCGAAGAAGUGAUUGCUUGGCCUAGUGAUCAAGAGCGGGCGAAUAUCAAAGCACGCUUUCUUGCUAGAAGCAACGGCAAAGGACCAAGAAACACCAUAGGGUGUGUUGACGGCUGCCACAUUGAAAUCCCUCACCAGAAGGAGUCCCCAGCAUCAUACUACAACAGGAAAAAAUUUCCUUCAAUCGUUCUGCAAGGGAUCUGCGACUCAAGCAGCCAUUUCAUCGACGUUUUCGUUGGCUAUCCCGGCUGCGCACACGACGCACGCGUGCUGAAAGAAAGCCCCAUCUAUGGUGUAGCAGAGACUAAGUGUGCCAACGACUACUUGCUGGGGGACGCUGCAUAUCCACUUCUCCCAUGGCUGAUGCCUCCGUAUAAAGUUAAUAGGGCAACGUUUGAGCGCUAUAAGCGGAAUUUCAACAAGAUACAGAGCCAACAACGUGUGGCAAUUGAGCAUGCAUUUGGCAUUCUGAAACAGCGUUUCAGAAGGCUAUAUCUUGUAGACGCAGACUCAAUCGACCAGUGUUGUCUCACUGUACUUGGAGCAUGCAUGCUACAUAACUUGUGUAGCAGUAGCAUUGACAUGCUAGGUGACUGCGAAGACCCCCCCAGGGAGGACAACAUCGAAAAUGAAAAUGACGGAGCCAUCACAAGCACUGCAGCUAUUAAGCAGGUGUGCGAGCUUAGACGCCAGAAUAUUGCUGAGACACAGUGCUGAGAGUACACUUUUCUCAACGGAACUUUGC